CUUCGCGGAGACUCCGCCCUUCGCAGUUGUUUGGGUGCAGCGGCGUUCCUUACCUCCGCUAACGUCACGGCCUUGAAUCCCUGCCGGUCCUGCUGGGCGACAUGGCUGCCCAGAAGAUCAACGAAGGCUUGGAGCACAUCGCUAAAGCGGAGAAAUAUUUGAAAACUGGAUUAUUAAAAUGGAAGCCAGACUAUGACAGUGCAGCAACUGAAUAUUCAAAAGCAGCUGUUGCUUUUAAAAAUGCCAAACAAUAUGAUCAGGCAAAAGAAGCCUAUUAUAAAGAAGCUCUCUGCCAGGAAAACAAUAAAGCUCUCUUCCAUGCUGCAAAAGCUUAUGAACAAGUUGGCAUGAUGUUAAAGGAGAUGAAACAACAUCAUGAUGCAGUGGAAAUGAUUCAGAGAGCCAGCAUGAUGUACCUGGAGAAUGGAACACCUGACACAGCAGCUAUAGCCCUGGAUCGGGCUGGGAAAGUAAUAGAAAAUAUAAAUCCAGACAAGGCUAUACAACUUUAUCAGCAGACAGCAGCAGUGUUUGAAAAUGAAGAACGUUUACGACAAGCAGUUGAAAUGUAUGGAAAAGCUUCAAGGCUUUUAGUCAGAGGUCGCAGACUAGAUGAGGCUGCAGUAUCUAUUCAGAAGGAAAAGAGUCUUUAUAAAGAUAUUGAAAACUAUCCAACUUGUUACAAGAAAACUAUUGCUCAGGUCUUAGUUCACCUUCACAGAAAUGACUAUGUUGCUGCAGAAAAAUGUGUCAGGGAAAGUUGUAGCAUACCAGGCUUCAGUGAAAGUGAAGACUGUGCCGCAUUGGAGCAGCUCCUAGAGGGGUAUGAUCAGCAAGACCAGGACCAAGUAUCAGAUGUUUGCAAUUCACCACUGUUUAAAUACAUGGACAAUGAUUAUGCCAAGCUUGGCCUCUCAUUGGCUGUCCCAGGAGGAGGUGUGAAGAAGAAAUCCCCAGUUACUCCACAGGGCAAAGUGGGUGAACCAGGUGAAGGAGGUUCCCGUGGAAAUGAGGAAGAUGAUGAUUAUGCAAGUGGACUGCUGUAAUUCCAGUACAACUCUACUCUUAAAUAUCAACCUAGCUGUUUCUGGCAAUGAGCAAUUCUGGAAGCUGCCGAAUUACCAUCACUUCAUUGCAAUCAGUAAAUUGGAAAUAUAAAUAUUUGUCUGCUUCUGGGAAACUUGUACGGAAAGCAUGGUUGUACAUCUCAAAGUUUUCUUGAGUUACAGUCCUACAUCUUUGCAGUGCAUCUGCUUUAAUAAAGAAUUUUGAGUA